UAGCGCCAGCUACGGCACAUGUGAAUAAUCUGACAAGCUAGCUCCGUGGCAAAUCCAGAUCGAGACUGCGCGUCAAGGAUAAACGCAGAUGGAUGUACAUGUAUGUCAUGAUUAAAAGGAAUGGUAUUAGAUUGAUCCGUUAAGUGCCACACACAGCACCCUCACUGGUUAUUCAACAGAUUGGUCAGGAAUUAUCAGGAGACACUACUGGCGACACUACCUGAACCACCUGUUCUAGAAGCUCGGUGAAACACCCCAUCUCAAGCCAAGCCAGGAAUUCCUGUUAAACAAGCCAAGAAGUCUCCUUUUCAAGCUAUUUCAAGCUAAGAAGCUUGUUAGACAAGCAAAGAAGCCUGUUGAACAAGCCCAAAAGCCUGUAUAUCAAGCCCGAACUACAAACACACUGCACAAGAUGGGGAGGAGAGUGAGAACUGUACGAAGGUGUGCAGCGUACCUGCACCUGUUGAGCUGUCUCAUGUUUGGUCUAUGCUCGUUAGGACUAGCCUAUGCACAUGAUGAGUCUCAGAGCAAAGAACAAAGGCCAGUCCAAGGGGACCAGGCCGCUGCAAUGGUCGCUGGUGAAUUAAAAGACAAUGACAUCAUAGUGAAUGAAGAUAAAGGAGAAGGUGGUUUGGAUAGUCCUGGCGAGAAAGGAAGAAUGGACAUGACCUUCGUCCAUGCAUUCGUUGCAUCACUGUCUGUCAUCAUUGUCAGUGAGCUAGGAGAUAAAACAUUCUUUAUCGCAGCCAUUAUGGCUAUGAGACAUCCUAGGAUCACAAUCUUUGCUGGUGCCCUGAGCGCCCUUGCUGUCAUGACUGUUCUUUCAGCUAUGCUUGGUUAUGCAAUCACCAUCAUUCCCCGUAAGUACACCUACUACGCUUCUACAGUGCUCUUCUUCAUCUUUGGUAUACGCAUGCUACGAGAGGGGUGGAGCAUGUCACCGGACGAGGGACAGGAAGAGUUAGAGGAGGUACAGGCUGAUUUAAAACGCAGAGAUGAAGAGAGGGAAAAGGAGAUGAAAUCUACUUUGACACAAGACCCAGAAUCUGGUAUAAUAAGAGGAGGAUACAGACGGAAAGUCUUUGGUAUCUUCUCACCUAUCUUAUUGGAAGCUUUCACACUUACAUUCUUAGCUGAAUGGGGAGAUAGAUCACAAGUGACUACCAUUGUAUUGGCAGCUAGAGAGAAUGUUCUUGGCGUAACAAUAGGUGGUACAUUAGGGCAUGCAUUCUGUACAGGAUUAGCAGUCAUUGGUGGUCGGAUGGUAGCACAGAGGAUAUCAGCUAGAACAGUAACGUUGACUGGAGGAAUGGUGUUCUUAGUGUUUGCUCUAUCAGCUCUCUUCUUCUCACCUGAUGAAUCAUGAGUUGCUUUCACUCACUACCCUUCUGUAAUUAAAAUAUUAUUUUUUAAUAGUUGAUUAAUGCAACCUGCUUCAUACCUUAUUCACAUGUCAAACUGAUUCCAAUCUGACCGAUUCUUUGCCACUUUGGGUGAUGGAGGUUUUGUGGAGUGUGGCAUUAGUCUCAUUGAUAAGACUGGGUAUAAUACCUCCGCCACUACACCAAACUGACUCCAAGCGGAUUCAAAACCUUCAAAGACUUGGCCAUUUGUUUUGGGGAAAUGUGGUGUUUUGUUUUUGUUUUGUUUUGUUUGUCUGUAGUUGGUCUGUUUGGAAUCUUGCUGGUAUGAAUGGAUUAUCAGCAUCUAUAGCUGGUUAAGUCCAGACAGGUCUUUGUUUUUGAUUUCAUGAUUUAAUUAGAUAUUGUUUAAAUCAUUCUUAUCAUACGGUAAUGAUUACAUAUGGUAAAAUACAUCAGCAUGGAUGAGAUUUUGUGCAUUAAUUCUUUGUAAACAAAACCUGAAUAUACUUUUCAGAUACUGCCCUCUGUUCAAAUUUCAUAUCACUUAUUUCAGCUCCUUUCUGGCCUAGAACAUUGCUUGUAUCAUCUCACUUGCUAUAGGCAGCCAAAGUAUGGGAUCUUGCACAAUGAUGUUAUGUAUGUAUUAUUGCUAAGGAUUCUGGAAUAUGAUUCUGUAUUGAAAACAGCAUGCUUUACCAUGGAGAGUUGAAGUGUUCUAUCUGGGACCUGUUUCACAAAGCCUUUUUUCAAUGACAAAUGACUAAACUUAGCGAAAAAUCAGCUGGUAACCAAUCAGAAGCAAGGAUUUCAGUAGCUUAUAACAAAAACUGUCAUUUGUCACUGAUGACAAGUUUUGUGAAACACCCCCCUGAAGCUAUGUCAAGUAUAUAUUAGUAUGCAAUAUGUUGUUUCUUCCACUGAAUAAACAACUUCUAUGCUUUUUUAUGCACGAAUGGCUUAGACCAUACCGUAGCUGAUUGAGAGAUGAGUUAUGUAUGUAUGCCCAUAAGUCAUCUCAUGUAUAUGUGACUAUUUCCGUCUAGUUUGCUAUGCUAAGCAUCUCAAGUGUCAUAUGAUACAUGUAUGUGUAAUAAUAAUAAUAAUUAUAAUAAUGGUGGCUACUUUUAAGAGGGCACAUGAUCAUGCCACAAUGCUCCUGGCGCUCCAUCAUUAUUACUAUUAUUGUUAUUAGCAUUAUUAUUGCCCUGUGGGAAUUUUGCCCAAAAUACAUAAUAUUAUAACAACUUCAAGGUAUUUAAAUAUCCUUAAAAGAUAGAUCACUAAAAUCAUGAUAUCAUUUUCAUCUACUUGAAAACAAAGCAGAAUAGACAUAAUAUGAAGA